GGUGCCUUCUAAGGAAUGUCAAUGCGCCAUUUAUGUUCAGGGAAAGGUUAACGAGGCUUGCAUAUUUGUAAAAAGAUACAUGCUAUCAUAUGCGAGGGGUUUAUAAAGGCCAUGAGUUGGCCCCGUUUCCGCUCCAACUACAACGAAAACUAGCCACAGAAUAUAAGUAGAGUUUGCAAGUCUUUUUUGCACUACAAUAUCGUUGCUGCACCCAAGUAACCCGGUCGACACAAAACAUGGACCCACUCCAGCUUUCAGCUAUAGGUUCAGGAAGUGCCCUUGCUGGGGUGACUGUACUGCUAUCGUUUUGGGAGAACAUUGUCAAGACGAAGAACGUGCACAUGAAAACGUCGAUUCUGAUUGCCAUCCUUUCCUAUAUCGUUUCCAUGUCGUUCGUUAGUAGCUCCUGGAGCUAUUUGGGGCUGGGAAACCCGGAUGGAUUUGCCACCAGAAUUAUAUGUGCUACUGCAUUCUACGACUUCUUCUUCGCCUGCCUGACAUAUCAUUCGGCGUACCGGACGUUUCUCAUAUGCAAGCCGUUCCACCCGAGAGUCUGGCUACUGGCCGCGGGCGUAACGCUCACUCAGAUAGUCAUUCACGGCACCGCAAGCUACUUCUGGGCCACCAAUAUGAAAGCUAACUACGGAACGAUCCCGUCGCCAAUCAGCACCACAAUGGAGACGGUGGUAUUGGUGUACUACAGCACAGUCGAGUCAGUUCUGUUCCUGAUCACUCAGUACAAGAUCGUGGAAUCUACCACUGCCACGAAGACAAACGUGAGCAUGGUGACCAAGCUGACGACAUACAUGAAUGGAUUUGCGCGAUCAAUCGCCUAUACCGCCAAUAUCUGCAUUGGGUUCAUAGCUCUCGGCGAAGUGAUACCCGUAACCCACAACUGGAACUUCCCGAUGUACGGCCCCGCGUUCCUCAUCAUCAUAAUUCUUACCGAUGUGGGACGCUUCCAGGACUGCAUGACGAAGCUACACAAUUUGGAUUCCACGAGCGGCAGAAAGGGCCACGGUCACUCCUCUAACGGGGGGCCGGCUGGACGCACGGUGCAACUUUCCGAUGCAAAGUCGGGAGGCGAUUAUCACGACGGUAACCGCCACUGCUGAACUGAGAGAUAAACCGAAUCUGUUCUUCACAAUCGAGUUUAAAGACGACUGGCCAAAGUAGUACGAUACGUGACAUUUUUUUUUAGUUAGCGAGAGGAAGGGGGACUACGGCCUUUGAGUAAGGGAGGGAUAUCCAGGAUCGAUAAGUAGGGUAUCCUGGUAUAUCAAGGCAAAGCACGAUCUGCGGGUUGUUGUAGUAGAGAGUGCAUAUUUUGAUAAUAUCAGUACUUGUUCUGCUGACAACCAUCAAGGGGAUGUCAUUCAAUAUUUAUCCACUUUAACCAUG